AUGUCAGAAUCAAUACUACAUAAACUACCACAUGAACUUCAGCUCAAAAUUCUUGAUUUGAUGAAAAGACCAGAAGAUAAAGUCAACUACUUAAACUGUAUGCCAUCAAUGUUUAGAAGAGAGUGUUUAAAAGAAAUUCGAGUUAUUACAGAUCAUAAAGGUAUCAAUUCAUAUUCAACACUACCAACAGAAUGUGUUAAUAUUUGGACCGAAUUAUUGAAUAACAAUAAUUUCAUAAAUUCACUCUCUCAGUUUCGAGGUCUUAUUAUCUUUGAUAUUGAUAUUGAUAUUGACAACCUUAUGAGACCAAAGGGGGUAGAGUCUUUAGCUUUGUUAGUGAGACAUCUCAGUAUAUGGAGCAAAUAUAAAAAAUCUUUCACAAUGGUUAUAAACCUUUGGUAUGCAGGUAUAUUCACACCUAUCUAUGAAAGUAUUAAUUGGUUUUUUUCGGCGUUAUCUUCAUUUCCAAAUGGUGUUAUCACUUAUUUGAAUAUUCCAUUUGCACGUUCUGUUUCCUUAUCAGGAUGGCUUUUUGAAAUAUUAGAACCUUCCAAUUAUUUACAUUUCUGUACUAUUAGAUCAUCAAAUAAGAAAGAUUUUGAGCUCAAGUCAAAAUUUCCCAAUGUUAAUGUAUUAAGGCUUAAAGACUUGGAAAAAGAUUUCAGCUUCGAUCAAUCAAUACCCUUACCAUGUCAUAUAAACAUUUCAGGUACAUGUAAAGCACAACUUAGCUUUAAUAGUGAAAUGUUCAAGAAUAUAAUAACAUUUGCCUUUAUGGAUGAUUCAAGUCUAGAUGAGACUGGGAUUGUUUCAAUGGACAAUAUUGAUGCUCCACAGUUAAGGGAACUUGUUAUUAGUGGCUCGGCUACUCUUGAUUCUAUUACCAAUUUCAAAGCAACAAAUUUGGGUCUACUUGAAAUUAGUCCAUAUCAAAUGCCUGGACUUUUAUUGGUGAAUUUCUUGUGUCCAAAAGCCCUCUAUUCAGAGUUAUUAGAUAGAUAUGGUCCUACUAUGUGA